UAUUAUUCGCAAAAUUUUACUAUUACAGCUACGUUAUAACGAUAGUGUUUUUUUUCGAUAGUGCAGUGUAAGUUGGUAGAGGUUUCCCGCGCGUGCAUAGUGUACACUCUCAUAUCGUAUAGAGAGAAAGUAUGCACUGCAGAAAGUGAUAUCAACAAAAAAAAAAGAAAAAAAACGGAUCUGUUGGUUAUCGCAGUCCGAUAGCACAUCAAGAAAUUGUCGACAAGAAUCAUUUUACAAAAUUUUAUCAGUUUUUGCAAGCGGGCAACAUGGCAACAUUCAGCUUGAGCGAAAUUGGCGAGCAGCUGAAAGAUGUCAGCCGAAAGUGGAUUGGAGUCUCUUUUGCCGGUCACGGACUCGUAUUAGACACUGCAAAUGAAGCUACCCAAGUGAUAGAAGCAAUAAAAUCAUGCGCAUGUUUGGAGUAUUUGGAUUUAGAAGGGAAUACAUUGGGCACCCCAGCUGCAAAGGCUAUAGCUGAAGCCUUAAAAGAAAAGGGAACGCCUUUGAAAAAAGCUCUAUGGAAAGAUAUGUUUACUGGUCGUUUAAAAACAGAAAUCCCAAAAUCUUUGGAAUAUUUAGGAACAGCAUUGUGUACAGCGAACAGUCAGCUUACCGAACUUGACUUAAGCGAUAAUGCUUUUGGCCCAAUUGGAAUUCAGGGUUUGGCAAACCUCUUGACAUCAAGCCCAUGUUAUACUCUUCAAGUAUUGAGAUUGAACAAUAAUGGUCUUGGUAUAUCAGGUGGAAUAAUGUUAGCUAAAGCAUUAGAAAAGUGCCAUGAGAACAGUUCCAAAGAAGGUAUACCACUUGCAUUGAAAGUGUUCAUUGUUGGAAGAAAUCGAUUAGAAAAUGAGGGGGCACAAGCAUUAGCAUCUGUAUUUGAAAAGCUGGGAACUUUAGAGGAAGUUGUAAUGCAACAGAACGGCAUUUACCACGUAGGCAUCACUGCAAUUGCACAAGGAUUAUUCUUUAAUCCCAAUUUACGAGUGUUAAAUUUGAACGAUAAUACAAUCGGCUUCAAGGGCGCCAAAGCGCUUGCUAAGGUUUUGCCAACUUUCCGAGGUUUGGAGGAAUUGAAUCUUGGAGAUUGUUUAUUGAAGAGUAAAGGAGCUAUAGUUCUAGCGGAGGCGCUAGAGACUCAUGGCAAUCAUACAUCUCUCAGAUGUCUGGAUUUAAGUAGCAAUGAAAUACGCAUGGAUGGUGGAAAUGCCAUUGCUAAAGCCACGCAUGAUAAAACUCUCUUGACGAAUCUACAGUUAGAUGGCAAUUGCUUUGGUACAGAAGGCCGUAAGCAACUUGAACAAAUUCUCACAAAGUUGGGAAGGGCUGAUGCAUUGAGUUCCUUAGAUGAGGAUUGUACUGAGGAUGAAGAGGAGGAGGAAGAUGAAGAUAAUGAUGAUGAUGGAGGAAGAACGAGUGAAGAAUGUGAAAGCGAUACUGAAGGUGAAGCAAGUGAUAAAGACAACAAAACACAAGAUAACAUUGCACAAAACACAGUGAUAACAGCGGCGGAAUUUUUGAAAUCACCGAUAGGUGAUAAGCUAUUGUUAUUGCAAGGUGAUAAUGUGCAAGCUUUUGUUGACUAUGCAAUGAAUUCGGCAAAUCAAAGCACAGAACAGAAAUAUAUAGAGGAACUUUUGCGGAUAAUCAUGAAAGUAUCAGCAUUAUGUGGCAGUGGUUAUAUGGAUGUGAGAAUAAAAGCAGAAUCCUUAUCAGAUGCUUUAUAUGCAAAGCUGUUCUCUUAUGCCACAGAAACCAAUAAAAUCGCAAUCUUGAAUAAUGCACUACUAGUCAAUCUUGGCUUAAUAAAAGGUGAAGACAAAAAGGGUGGAAAAAUUGAUUGGAAUUUGGAGGGAUGUUUCAAAGCUUUAGAAAAUAUUAGUCAGAAGGACUAUUUCUUAGCGCAAACAAGGAAUACGUUAAAAAUAUUUUUAGAAAGACCGGUGAAGAUCAGUCGCGUAAACGUCAUAGAUCCACUUCAAGAUUCCAAAGAUGCUCUUAAAACUGCGCUGUACAAUAUUCAAACUACAUGAAUUUACUUAAAAUUAUUAGCUAUAUUAGCAUGAUAUAGAAUUAUUUAUUUUUAUACAUUGUAUGAAAAAUAAUAGAAUGUAAAAUUAGAAUUAAGGCAUGUCACUAUAUGAAUUUUGCAACUUUACAUAUAAAUGUGAUCUUUAAAAUGAAUUUUUACGAUUUGAACAAUAUUUUGUAUU